AUGUCUGACACAGAAGAGGUCAUGGACGAGGAAACUCAGGAGGAAGAAGAUGACUCAAAGCCGAAGCCAAAAUUCAUGUCAAACAUUGCCGCCCCAAAGAUCCCUGAUGGCGAGAAAGUGGAUUUUGAUGACAUCCACAGGAAACGUCAGGAGAAAGAUCUGUCAGAGUUGCAAUCGCUCAUCGAGGCUCACUUCAUCCAGAGAAAGAAGGAGGAAGAGGAGCUCGUCGCCCUUGUCAACAGAAUUGAGAAGCGCCGUGCCGAGAGGGCUGAGCAGCAAAGGAUCCGGGCCGAGAGGGAGAAGGAGAGGCAGGCCAGGCUUGCUGAAGAGAAGGAGCGCAGGGAGCAGGAGGAGCAGAGAAAGAAGUACGAUGAAGACGCCAAGAAGAAGAAGGUCCUCUCCACCAUGACCCAGCAGUAUGGCGCCGGACAGAAGAAAGGCAAAAAGCAGACAGAGAGAGAGAAGAAGAAGAAGAUUCUGGCUGAGCGCAGGAAGCCGCUCAACAUCGACCACUUGAGUGACGACAAACUCAAGGAGAAGGCUAACGAGUUGUGGCAGUGGCUGAUGCAAUUGGAGACGGAGAAGUACGACCUUAACGACAAAUUCAAAAGGCAGAAGAGUGAUAUCAACCUGCUCCUUGUCCGAGUGCAGGAUCACCAGAGUGCCAAGGGUCGUGGCAAGGGCAAGAUGGGAGCUCGGCUGAGGUAG